UUAACUUGCUUUAGAAAACUGGGAUUGACAGAUUUUAUCUGAAUCUUUUUUUUUUUCAUAUUUUUAUAGAACAACUAAAAAUGAGUAAUCCAAACUCUCUCUGAUUACAAUGGAAGGAUGAUCAGGAUGACUUUGUUAGUGUCUUGAAGUUUGCAUGGCAGAUUAAGUUCCUGAAAAUUUUAGUGAUUCAGUAACAAAAUAUUAAAAAGUGCUUUGUGAGAAAGUACAAAUUAGGCUAGUUUGCUGUCCUUUAAAGUAAGAUUAAUCUUAAUUUACCUUUUUGGGUUUUGCCUUUGCUGUGAUGCAACACAUUUUUAAAUUGUGUUGUAGUUCAGUAACUUUAUAUUGUUGCCUAAUUUUAUCUGGUUGUGAGAGGUUUGGUAAUGUUUUUGGGACAGAUAUUUCUUCCAUUGACUCAAACAUUAGCAGGAUAGGUUCCAAUGCUAAUGUCAUGUUAAACAUGUUAUAAUCAUGUCAUUCUUAUCAUAAUGCAGCUGGUCAAUUAAUAUUUAAGGCCUGAAUAUUUAAAGGCCAUUUCUAAAUGGUCAUUUAUUUAUUAUGUUCUGUUAUUUAAUAGGUAGUUUUGCACUAUGACAUUUAUUUUAGCUGGAUAUACGAACUUCAGUAAUUCACAGUAUCCUUCUACUUUGCAUUUAUUUAUUUGAAUAAGAAUUCACAAAAAAGAAAUCCUCAAUGUAAAUAAGGUUUCCUUAAGGAAAUAGAUUUUGCCAAAGUUACAUAGGAAGUUCACUUUUUUAUGUAAUUUUGUGUAAUCUUUUGACCAGCAGUUUUGUUUAGUUUUGUUUUUAAUAGCAUGCUUGCUCCUGUUUUGCAACUGAAUACAGAUAAGGAAGUUUAAUUUGUUACAAAGCUGUAUCUGAACCAAAAUGUGUCUGUAAAUAAUAUAUGAAUAAAGGCAGGAUAAUGUUUCCAGCUCAGCAGUGAGAAGAGAGAAAUGGCAGAGUAGUAGUUUUGAAAUGCUAGUUAAUCUUUCAGUUCUCAGAAAUGUCUGUCUCCAAAACAAGCCUGCAACUCACUGUAGAUUUUUCCUUUGGUUAUAUUCGGUUAUGAUCAGAGCUUUGUUGUGGUUGUUCAGUUGUCAAAAAAGUAGAUGUUUCCCUCAACCCCAAAUCCAAGUGUAGGUGCUAACAGAAUACAGUAUAAAGAAAUUCUGCAGGGAUCAAAAAUGCUCCUCCUCAUAUGCUGCAAAGUGGUAGCCGAGCCACUCUGUGGAUGGUAGUUCUGCUGCUAAUUCCACCUGCAGGAGCCAUGAGGUAAUGGCUGAUUGAUAUGCAUAGGAGUAGAUCCACUGACGAAUCUACAUUUAACCUUCAUUCUUGCCAUGCAGUAAGGAGGCCAAUGGCAAAUUUGUCACAGACUUCUUAGGAAUUUUACUGGAAUGAUUGCACUGUAGGACACAACCAUGACCUCUGAACAUGAGACCCAACUUCACUUCAACUUUUCCCACACAUAAGAUUAUUAUGGAAGGUCAGUUCUAUAAUAGUACAUUGGGCUCAAUCCUUGGCCUCUAAUCUAGUCACUUUGUGCUGCUCAGAAAGGAAAAAAUGAUCAGAAAUCUGCUCUAAAAGGGUGACUGGGGUGAGAUAAAGCUGACAUCCUACUGAAAUAAGCCAAUGGUCUUAGUGAGAGGCAGAAGUGAAAGUAAGGCGGUGUGCCCCUAAACGCUGCUCUAGUAAGAGCUGGCUGGGGUCCAUUGAAGAAGGAGGUGGGGCUCCAAGUCAGGCUCCUGUGGAGGCCAACUGCAGGCUGCUGCACUAAGCAGUAGCUAGAUAAAAGGGUCUGACUCAGAGUGCACCAGUCCCAAACCACCCUAGGGCAUCUUUUAGAGAAGGCAGGGGGGUGAAGCCUCCCCUCUCUCCGCAUUCCUACUGCCACGACUUAUUGCCUGCUGUUCCCUUUCAGUCACUGUAAAGGAGCAAGAGGACAGCACACAGUGUCCCUGAAUUCCUCUCCCUCCUGUCAGGGAGGGGGCAGAAGAGUGAGUGACCCAUGCUGUGAGCUUUCCUCUUGCUCCCUGACAGUAAUGGAAGGGAAGUGCAAACAACAAGCAGCGUCAGUAGGAAUUGGGGGUGGUUCAGCCUUCUUGCCCUUCCUAAAGGGCCCCUUUGUCCCUCCUCUGUACUCCACCACACACCCCAACCUUCUGCCCAAAGGCCCUCCCAAUCCCUUGUCUUGAUUCCUGCAUCCCCCCCUCACUCCAAAGCUCUCCCCUAGUCCCUCCUCACACCCUCAAUCCUGACUCCUGUACUACCCCCAGCAUCCUGCCCUGAGCUCUUCCUCACAUCCCCAGCCCUGACUCUUGCAUUCCCCAUAUCCCCACUCCCUGCCCUGAGCCCGCUGCACUCCACCCCACACUUAAAUUUCUUACAGACUUGGUAAUGCACAGAUAAGAUGGCUGAACAAAGGCAACGGACUUUAUCCACAUCAGGAGAAGCAUUAUAUGGAAUUCUGGCUCUGGAGAAGGGGGCAACACAUGAAGAAAUUAAGAAAUCUUACAGAAAAUUGGCUCUGAAAUAUCAUCCAGACAAGAAUCCUGACAAUCCAGAGGCUGUUGAAAAAUUUAAAGAAAUCAACAAUGCUCAUGCGAUACUGACUGACCUGUCCAAGAGAAACAUAUACGAUAAGUAUGGAUCAUUAGGGCUUUAUGUGGCGGAACAGUUUGGGGAAGAAAAUGUUAAUGCAUACUUCAUGCUUUCAAGCUGGUGGGCAAAGGCCCUGUUUGCCGUUUGUGGCCUCUUGACAGGCUGCUACUUUUGCUGCUGCUUGUGCUGCUGUUUCAAUUGCUGUUGUGGGCAGUGUAAACCCAAACCACCAGGGGGAGAAGAGCAUGAGUUCUGUAUGUCUCCUGAGGAUUUGGAGGAGCAGAUUAAGACAGACAUGGAACAAGAUGGAGAAACUCCAAUCAUACUUCAGCCGACAAAUGCAAAUGAGAAAACUCAACUAAUCGGAGAUGGGCAUCGCAGCUAUCACACAGACUCAUAAAGCAAGAGCAAAAGGUGCACUAAGGUGGAAACAAUGAUGCCUAUAUGAUUUGCUUCCAUGUCAAGUCCAGUUGAAUUACUAUUAAUUUUUGAAAGCAUGCAGUUGCAAAUAUUUUUCUUUAUGGUGUUGCAUUUAUUUGUAUGAAAAAUACUAUGUAUUUGAAAUCUACCUUUGCUGUCAAACACUUGGAAUAAUAAA